GUCAGUUAUUUCAUAUUAGAAAAGAUCCAUAUAUUCAAUAUUUUUGCAUAUUUUUUUUUAUUUUUCUUGACUUUGGAUGCACCUUUAAUGAAUGAACAAGUUAUUAAUAGUUGGUAUUAGUGGGGUCACAAAUGGUGGUAAAUCAACUUUAGCUCUUAAACUGAAAGAACUAUGGACCAUUUCAUCCAUUAUUCAUAUUGACGAGCUUACCAAGCCAAUGAAUAAAUUGAAAUAUGAUUCUAUUUUGGAUUAUCAUAAUUGGGAUGAAGUUGAAACUUAUGAUUGGGAAAGGAUUAAAAAAGAAGUGACUAUAUCUUCUCAAAAUUUAUUAAAUUCUAGUCGACAAUUAGCUUGCCUCUUGAAUUUUUAUAACUUACAUGAGCAUCAUCCAAUUCUAUUUAUUGAAGGCAUAUUAUUAUUUAAUUCUCCAAUUGAUGAAAUCUUUGAUAUAAGAAUCUUUUUUACAUUAGACAAAGAGGAAUGCUGGAAGAGAAGAAAGGAAAGGGUAUAUGAACCUCCUGAACCCCCUGGAUAUUUUGAAAAAUAUUGCUGGCCUUUAUAUAUGUUUUACAAAUCAGAAUUAGAAAACAAAAUCAAAGUAGACUCAUCUAAAUCUUCCAAUAUUCCAUAUAAUAUAAACUUCAUUAAAGGUGAUAAAGCAAUUGAUGAGACCUUACUUUGGGCUAAUAAGGAAAUAUAUACUCAUUUGUUAAAUUACUAAUACUUCUUUAAUUUAAAAAAUAUAUAUAUAAUUUUUUACAAAAUUUAUUUUCUGUUAUAUAUAAUUUAUUAUUUUAAUAAUUCAUUUUAAAAAAAUCUAAGCUUAAAUAUAAUAAUUUUUUGAAUAAUUUUUGACUCAAUAAUUAUUAUAUUUAAAUGUAUAUAUUUUUUUUAGCAUUUGGUAUUAUAUAAAAUAUAUAACUUUUUAUAUUU